UUUUAUCAGAGCAUUAGUUUGAUUUUCAGUAAACAGGCACUCCCGCGAAAAAAAAAUUUGAAAUGCUGUCAGGUAAAGUACGUAACGUCUUUGUCAUUUAAAUUCACAUUGUAGACAGAUGCUGGUCGCUUCGGCAUUGCCUGUUUAAAAGCCAAGGUCACACGUUCGCUAGCAGAGACGUCGUGUUGUAAGUGCUAAAACUUGCCGUCACACAAGACACAGGUGUUACAAGCUUUACUUUAAUGUUUGCCGCGAUACAGAGGUCACAGACGUUACACUUGUUGCAAGCGUUGCCGGUGUUACAAAUCAAUUGAUGUCACUCCGUGAUCUAGGAGGUGGAAAUGUACUACACAACCGUCCACCAGAGGUACGGGCUGUACAGACCUCUGGGGGGAUGAACAAACUGGUGUUCUUUCGACACAGUGCCGGGGAUUGUGAGGACUUCAUUAGGAGCAAGGCCAGAGAAAAUCGAGGGCCAGUUUUCAGGAGCAGCGGUAGAUGAGACUGGGUUGGAAAGUCAUUGACUGCAGCCGGCAAUUAAGUCAUCUUUUCUCGCCAACGGCAUCACCGCCACAACGGUCAUCACCAUGACAACUACGAUAGCGUGUCCACCAUCAGCAGCUCUGCUGCAGUUACUGACAUUGUUGCUGCUGCAAAUCAUUGUGUGUGUUGGGCAGAGCACUUUCAUGAACACUACGUUAGGCAUACUGGAAGGUUUCAUUGACGAGUCUGAUACUACUCCUCUCAACGUUUUCUAUGGCGUACCCUUUGCAAGGCCGCCACUGGGUGAGCUGAGAUUUAUGCCCCCAGUGCCAGCAGACCCGUGGGAAGGCAACAGGAAUGCUACGACCAAGCCUAACUCUUGUUGGCAAACCAUGGAUACACAAUUUGGAGACUUCAAAGGUUCAGAUAUGUGGAACCCAAACACUGAAAGAAGCGAGGACUGCUUGUACUUAAACGUCUGGAUCCCCGCCAUCUCAACACCCAAGCCUAUCCUAGUCUGGAUCUUUGGAGGUGGUUUCUGGUCUGGAUCUUCAACCCUGGACGUCUACGAAGCCUCCAAACUUGCCAUCAUGAAUGACGUCAUUGUUGUGUCCAUAAACUACCGAGUCGGCACCCUUGGUUUCCUGUACACAGGUCAUGCAGAUGCCCCGGGGAACGCAGGACUCUUGGACCAGUCGCUCGCUCUUCAGAUGGCCCGCACGUCAUACCUACAAUCUUCCUGCGCACCUGGUGACGUCAUAUCCAGCGGCGACAUGCUGUUCAAGUGCCCGGUGGUGCACUUCAGCGAGCAGUAUGUCAGCUUGAUGAACGCCCCUGUCUACCAGUACUCCUUCAGACAACGACUCAGCAACAACCCGUGGCCAGAGUGGUUUGGCGUGGCUCACGGCUACGAAGUUGAGGCGUUUCUGGGCAUCCCUUUCCUCAAACCGGAAGAGUAUACGGAUGAUGAGCGAGAUCUGAGCAGACAGCUCAUGGAGUGGAUCACCGCUUUUGCUAAAACGGGAGACCCGGGGAGUUCCUGGCCAGCUUACUCUAGUGAGAGAAAAGAGUUCCUAGAGAUCAAGGCAAACUCUUACUCUGUUGGACACGGUCUGCGUCACCGAGAUUGUACUUUCUGGAAGGAAGACAUGCCUUUAAUACAAGACAGAUCCAACGCUCCUUUCAACAGCCGGAAGUGUCCGAGCGCGGCCCCUGUUGUGACGUCAUCAAGUACCUUGCUGUUGUCACUAGCAUGCAUAGAAUUGUUUAGUAUUUUUCUCAAUAGUAUACUGGGAUUUCCUCAAUAAAUAAGUCUCGCGUUUUCUGUACACGAUUCCAAAAAGCUGAAUGAUAGAGAAUGCUAUUGCUCAUAAUCAUGACAACUGAUUUCGCUUCUGUUCGAACUUUUUUGCCUGUUUCCCCAAUCAAGUUGAUUUUACUUUGACUUUAUCAUCAAAUGGUUGUGCUCAUUAUGUGCAUAUCGAAGACUGAAAUGAUUCUUUUUAUG